ACAGGCACGAGUUCAGCACCAUAUCCAUGGCGUCAUAUCCAACUGCUCGCCAUUUUGACAUGGAUGACUUGGAUGGGAUAAUUUGAAGUUGAAGACAACCAGUCUGAACUGCAUCGAAGUCUGAAUAAUAGCGGCUUUCCAUGGCCGGUACUGGGGUGCCUGUUCAAGAUCGCCGGACUGACCACGCGCUUCGACCUCAAGAUGCCCAUCCUCGUCGUCAACCGCAGCUCAUUGCCCCCACGUCCACCCCGACGCCUCGGACUGGGAGAGGAGCUGUCCGCGGUGACCACACACCAGGCGCCCAUCCGCGUCUUCUUGUUCGCCACCGAUCUCUGCCUCGGCGGCGGUCCGCGGCGUCAACGGCUUGACGCAGCUCCAGGAAGACUCUCGCCGCCGGCCAGCUCGUCUCGCUGCCUAAAAUUCCGCGAGGCGCCGUCCAGUUGAGCUCCGCCCGCCGCCGUGGUAGUCGGGUCGACGGGGCCACCGGCAACGCCCGCUUGCUACCGUCGUGCCGCGAGCCCGGUCCCUGUCCCCCGCGCGCGGCGCGGCAGGGCAGAGCCGACGAGGAGUGGAAGCGAUGAGGGGCCCCGGCAGGCGCGGCGAGACAAUCCGUCGAACAUGUUGAGGGCUCGGCCCGCUCGUGCCCCUCAUGCGGGGAGGGCGGCCGGUGCAGGGACGACGGAGCUGGUCGUCGGCUGUCCCCGCCCGCUCCGCCCUCCCCACGCAGCGCGAGUCGCUCGUGCUCCCCCUUCCGCGGCGCGCGCCCGUGCUUAUACAUCCCGGGCAGCUGGCGUGCGCGCGGGGCUAUGAUUCGUGUGCCGCGGCGCGCGCAAUGCCGAGCGUGAGCUUGCUCGGUGCUGCUGGUGCUGGAGGCCAACAUCAUCACGACGGCCGCCGCGCCCUCUGCAUCACCGCGCCAGCUGCCAGGACACGAUUAGCGUGAGGUUUUGUUGCAGGUGAGGACGUUCGAUCAUCUGCGCAUUGAUUGGAUGGAGACGAAUAUGACUCCGCUUCGCCUUGAUUUGAUACCAUACUGUGCGUGCCUCCCUUUUCUCUACACAGGUCCAAACUUAUUCUCAAUGCUGUUCUGUAAUCAAUCUUUUAGUAGAUGUGUUCCAUUGGCAACUUGCAUGGUACGUCCCAUUGCUCUUCAAAUGGCAUAAUCCUAGAUUCUGAGUGAAAUGACCUGUGUCCAAUUUUCUAUGUAUAAUUUGCAUUAUAAUCCUAUAUUCGCUAUCAUAGCUACUGUUCUUUGUUUGACUUUGUAUACAAGUUCCGUUUUGUGAGUGCAGGAGGUCGGUUUGUUCCUUGUCGACAGAGAGCGAGGAUCCCAGUAGUAGAGUGUCAUGAGGCGCGGCACAGGAGGGGAAGCAAUGAUAAUAGGUGGUAGAUCCUUUGCCAUUGCUGAAGUCUGAACAGAUGGCUGUGCUGAUGAGUGGAGUGCUUUCCAAGCUCUUAUAUGUUCAGGCUGCACUUCUCAACCCUCCUCUAUAUGGCAAUGUCCCUAGGCAUGAAGGGCAUGUUUUCAGGAUCACAGUCCACAGCCAUAUCCAGCUGCUGCUCAUAUUUAAUAAUAUGGUUGACUGGAGUCAAUGAGGGUACUAGUGCGGUUAAUCUGAACUGAGGGUGAAGGGGGGAGGUGGUUCUUCCCUUGGUUCUUUCUUUUUCUGUUACUACUCCCUCCGGUCAAGCAAACUUGACGUUUCAGACAAGAAAAACAAGUAGAAAACAAGCUGCUUUUGUUGUCUAAAACGUCAAGCAAACUUGACUGGAGGUAGUAUUUUAUUUCCUCCUCUUUCUCUCAUUGUUCUUUUUUUUCAUUUGUUUGCUUUUCCUUGCGAGGCUUGUAAACGGUACCAACAUUUCUUUACCUUUCUCUAAUACAAUGAACGUGGGGCUUGUACGGAUGAGACGAAGGGAAGUACAGGCACACAUGCCUAAGCAAGGUAGAUGCCAUCCAUGUGACCAAGGUUGCAGUGGCUCCAAGUUGAAGUUAACCCGUUUGAAAAACUCGCAUCGAUUCUGAAUCAGAGUCCCCAUGACUAGCUGUCUGAAUUUGACCAGGAACAGCAGCUAAACCCUGGAAAUUUCCCCUUUUGAAACCAGCCUCCUGUUCGAAGCAUAGACAAGGUUAUGUAGCAAUAUAAAGGUUAGGACACAAUACGAUGCAUAAAUCAGCUGUUAACAUAAAGACAAAGAACCUCAUUGACUCCAGUCAACCAUGCUAAACAUGAUAGCUGGAUAUGACUAUAAUCCUGGACACCUACCUACCCUUCAUGGCUUCAUGCCCAUGGGCACCACCGUAUAGGGCACAAUUGAGAAGUGUAGCUUAGACAUAUCAGAGCUUGAGAAGCAGCCCUCUCAUCAGCCCAACCAACCAUCUGCUCAGACUUCUGCCAUGGCAACCUUCUCCGUAAUCCUGCCAGUCCUAUUAUCACUACUUCCCCUCCCCUCUGGUGCUGCGCCUCGCAACACUCUACUGCUGGGAUCCUCGCUCUCCGUCGAUAAGGGCCAAGCCGACGUCCUGCGUUCGCGGGAUGGCACUUUCACCUGCGGCUUGUACAGCAUCUACACCAACGCCUUCACCUUCUCGAUAUGGUACACCAACUCAGCAAACAAGACUGUCGUCUGGACUGCCAACCGCGACCGCCCCGUGCACGCCAGGGGGGCAGUGGUCACCCUGCAGAAGGGUGGCGCCUUGGUCCUCAUGGACUACGACGGUGCAGCGGUGUGGCAGGCCCAAGGCGACGACUCAGUAGGCGUGCAGUAUGCUCAGCUCCUGGACACCGGUAACCUUGUCAUGAAGAACUCCAGCGGCAUAGUUGUGUGGCAAAGCUUCGAUUCACCAACAGACACCCUACUCCCCACCCAGCGCAUAACUGCAACCACGAAGCUGGUCUCUACAACAGGAUUGCAUGUUCCAGGUCACCAUAUAUUUCAUUUCACAGACUCGUCGAUAUUGUCCCUUAUAUAUGACGAUGCCAAUUUUCAUGAAAUAUAUUGGCCAGACCCUGACAAUGGAGAGUAUCAGAAUAACAGGAAUCGGUAUAACAGCACAAGGUUCGGGGGUCUAGAUGAAAUGGGAAACUUCUUUUCGAGUGAUUUCGCCAACCAGCAAGCACUUGUUGCCUCUGAUCAAGGUCUUGGGAUCAAAAGAAGGCUCACUCUGGAUCCUGAUGGCAAUCUCCGGCUCUACAGCUUGGACAGUUCAGAUGGGAGAUGGUUGGUUUCAUGGACUGCAAUGUCUCAGCCCUGCAAUAUUCAUGGUUUGUGUGGUCCAAAUGGGAUCUGCCGCUACUUGCCUGCAGCUACAUGCUCUUGCCCACCGGGUUAUGUGAUGAGCAACCCUGGGAAUUGGAGCCAAGGCUGUAGAGCUGUAGUAGACAUUGACUGUACUGUUGAGAAAGCGCAGCCUGUCAUGUUCUUGCGACUUCCAGGCACUGACUUUUGGGGAUCUGAUCAGCAGCAUGUUGACCAGGUAUCCUUGCAGAGCUGCAAGAACAUAUGCAGGAGCGAUUGCAGUUGCAAAGGCUUUCAGUACCAGCAAGGAACAGGAUCAUGCUAUCCAAAGGCUUUCCUUUUCAAUGGGAAGGCAGCCACUGCACCUAAAAAGCCAUUUCGCACCAUGUAUCUCAAGCUCCCCGUGAGUGUUAAUAUUUCAGGCAUCUCUAUUCCCCAAAUUGAUUUGCUUGUUUCAAGAGAGUACCAUCCUGAUUGUAGACAGAUGAGCAAAACGCCGAUGAAACUAUUUCCGGAUGUUCACAAGGCAAACCAGGGGGAAGUGAAAUGGCUUUACUUCUACGGGUUUGCAGGUGCAAUCUUUGUUCUAGAAGUUUUCUUCAUUGCUUCUGCAUGGUGCUUCGUUUUGAGAUGGGAGCUGGGAGCAUCUGAAAUGCAAGCGGUUGAGGAAGGCUACAAGGUGAUGGCAAGUAAUUUCAGAAGAUACAGUUACAAAGAGUUGGUGAAGGUGACCAGAAAGUUCAAAGACGAGCUUGGAAGAGGAGGUUCAGGAAUUGUCUACAAGGGAAUCUUGGACGACGGUCGAGCAGUGGCUGUUAAGAUGCUCGAAAAUAUAAGGCACUGCGAGGAGGAGUUUCAAGCAGAGCUGCGCGUAAUUGGGAGGAUUAACCAUAUGAAUCUAGUACGGAUAUGGGGCUUUUGCUCAGACAGCUCCUCGAAGAUGUUGGUCACCGAGUAUAUUGAGAAGGGAUCAUUAGCCAACAUCCUUUUCAAUGACAACAUUUUACUAGAGUGGAAGCAAAAGUUUAAUAUCGCCUUGGGUGUCGCCAAGGGUUUGGCAUACCUCCACCAUGAAUGCCUCGAGUGGGUGAUCCACUGCGAUGUGAAACCAGAGAACAUCCUGUUGGACCAGAACCUAGAACCCAAAAUUGCCGACUUUGGCUUGGCAAAGCUUCUCAACAGAGGUGGCUCCAAUCAAAACGUGUCGCGGGUACGAGGAACCGUAGGUUACAUGGCUCCAGAGUGGAUCAGCAGCCUGCAGAUCACGGCAAAAGUUGAUGUCUACAGUUAUGGAGUUGUGCUUCUGGAGCUAGUUCUGGGACGCCAGGUUCUGGACCUGGCUGUAGAUGCCGAUGAGGAGGUGCACAAGGUGCUCAGGGAGCUUGUAGGCACGCUUGCUCAGAUGUUGGAUGGAGAGCAAUCAUCAUCUAUCAAUGAGGUAGUGGAUUGCAGGCUGGGUGGCCAUUUCGACGACACGCAGGUGAGAACACUGAUCAGAUUGGCCGUCGCAUGCUUGGACGAAGAAAGAGGCAAAAGGCCAACAAUGGAAUCUGUAGUGCAGACGCUCCUUUUAGCUGAUGAGUCUUGUAGUAUGCGCUGGAGUAAUGUUCUACGCUAUUGACUAUGAGCAAAGAAACCUCUUGUACUGCAAUUUCUCCAGCUACAUGCUUUGGGUUUUCUUUUUCCUACUACUGCUGAUUGCUGGGAUUUUGCUUGGCAUUGUUUCUUCAGACAGUUCGAACUUUGUUGGAGGUCGCACUGAGGAUUAGGGAGUCUUCAUCUUCCCAGACAAGAAUAUUAAUUUUCUUUAAAAUUAAUUUCACAGGAUAAUUGUUAUAUUUCAUAUCUUUUAUAGGCUUUUGUGCCAGUGUUGAUUUCAG